AUGGCCGCCGACGAGGCCCCCAGCGACCCGGAUCCCACAGGCGACAAGACCCCGCCCGCCAUUGAAGAAGAAGAAGAAGAAGAAGAAGAGAAAGCAAACCCAAAUAAGGACCACAAAGGUUCCAUGCUGCCUCGAUUCAUCUACGACACCUCUUCAGUUACGGAACGCCUUAUGCGACGAGCUGAUGCCGACGCCAACAAGGACUCCGCACGCGAUGGGAAAACUAGCAAAGGGAUUGAUCCAAACAACACCAAAGCCAAGGACAGCGACCGCGAAGAAUCCAAUCAGAAAUCAAAUAUGUUUCUUGCUCCUCCCUUUACAUUUGCUUAUUGGACUGCCUCCGUCGACCCAUUUCCUCAGUCUGCACCACGUCCUGGCUGGGCCCCAUUCAAGUCUUCCAUUCUCGAGUUCACGCCUACCAUGAGCUCCCAAGUUGUUUCUUCCAACACGACCUCCGGCAGCCCGUGCAAGAACAAUUACAAGGACAGGAGCAGCAACAACAACGACAACUACACUAGCACCAAAAGAAAAGUCUUCGAACAAAUUGCUUUCAGGGCCUUUGAGGGGUCUAGGGGAUCUACGGCUGAGCUACAAGUCAUUAAUACACAGUUGAUGGAAGAUGCACAGCCAUCGCUAGAUGCUCAAUACCAUCCAUUUCACCAUGUGCAGUCUCAAGUCGAUGGCUUCUACUGCCUGAACAAUCGGAUUAGUUGCUCAAGUAGUAAGGGAGAGAAAAAUGCUGAAGCCAGACCGCAACAUUCCAGUUAUCUUUGA